UCGUGGCUUAUCUAUCUAGAUUCUAGACACAAGAAUCAUUUCAAGAAAGCGAGGCACACAAGAAAGAAGGAAAGAAAGAAUUUUUGUAGUAGAAAAUCGAUCGAUCAAUCUUGUUUGAGUUUCCGGCGCCGGGUGGUCAAAUCAUCAGCUCCUAUCUCCUCAAUCCUUGGCUUUGCUUGGUUUGGGUGGUUGCCUGGUUGGGUGAUUGUCAGCUCAGCUGAGGAGGCGGAGGGAGACACCGACGACACGAGUAGAAGCUACCGGCCAGGCUCUCGCUCUCUUGUGGAUUGGACGGCUUCUUCGUCGUCGUCUUCUUCUCCCCCUUGUCCUAUUUCUUCCCUGCUCUGCUCCGUUGCUCCAUUGCUGCUGCUGCCGGUUCCAUCUCCGUCCACCACCGCCUGCUGCUACUCCAUCUUCUUCUCUCUCGCAGUCGCCGGCGACAACUGUUGCUGAAUCGGCUGCUGGUUCCAUCUCGGUCCACCACCUGCUGCUUGCUCUUCUCUCGCCGGCGGCCCAUUUUGUUUCUUCCCCUUGUGAUUUUGGGUCCUCCGAGGCGACCAACCAUGACGCCUUCUUCCUACUAACUAACUAACGAGCUGCAAGGCUGAUUUACACAAGCAAGCAAGGGGAGCAAUCAGUCAGGCAGGCAGGAGAUUCAGAGGUAGCACCACAACAUUCUUCAGCCUGCUGACUGACUCACUGACAGAGAUAGAUAUAUGUGCAGCUUAAUUUCAGUAAUUUCGCCAUGAAUAACAAUACGCUCAUGAUCACCACCAGCACCAGCAGUAUCAGCAGAGAGGGCAGCGUCGACGGUAAACACAACCGUGUCCAUUUCCUGCUGCCGGCGUACCAAACCACCGUCAAGCAACCUGACGACUCUGACGGUGCCGCUGAAUUCAAUAACCCUGAGGAGGGUGAUGCCGUGUGGGUACCACCAGAGCCGGCCACCAACGAUGACGAUACCAACCAUUUGGGUGCACACACAAAUGAUGAUGAUGACGACGACGAUGAUGAAUGGCAUGAUGGUAUCAGCUGGGGGCAGCCGAGCUCCAGUGACUCUGAACCCAGCCCGAGUCCUAGUCCCAGGGAGGACCGGCACACUGGGAUGCUCAAGGCCAUGGACAAGCAGCUAAAGAUGCUCACCACACGGUUCCUAGCAUCUGCAGGCAUCUCCUUGCCCCACGAAGAUGACGGCGGCGAAAGCUGGCUCGACAUCGUAACCGCCCUGUCCUGGGAGGCUGCUCUGCUCAUCAAGCCUGACGGCAAAGCCGGAAAUGAAAUGGACCCUGGGUCUUAUAUCAAGGUCAAGCGCAUCGCCUCCGGCACCCGAAGACAGUGUGAGGUGAUCAACGGGUUGGUGUUCAGGAAGUAUGCAGCUCACAAGCACAUGCCCACCAAGUGCCACAACCCCAAGCUGCUGCUGCUCCAAGGCGCCCUCGGGGACUCCGAUGUUGGUCUGUCAUCAUUUGAUUCCAUGGGACAGGAAAAGGACCAUUUGGAAAAGGCUAUCAGCCAAGUGAUGGAGAAAUGUGCUCCAGAUGUCAUCCUGGUGGAGAAAACAGUUUCGCGGGACAUACAGGAGCUUCUCCUGAACCAAGGUGUCACUCUGGUGCUCGAUAUGAAGCUCGACCGGUUGCAGAGAAUUGCUCGCUGUUCUGGAUCUCCUAUAGUCUCUGUUUUGGACAUCAUGACCACGACGAAGCUGAAACAGUGCGACUACUUCCACAUCGAAAAGGUCACGGAGGAGCAUAACGGUGGUGAGGGCGGGAAGCGGACAUUGAAAACGUUGAUGUUCUUGGAAGGCUUUCCCAGGCCGUUGGGAUGCACGAUAUUAUUGCGAGGAGCAAAUAGCGAAGAACUGAAGAAAGUCAAGCAAGUCAUGCUCUACACCGUGUUUGCAGCGUACCACCUGGUUCUUGAGGCAUCCUUCUUUGAGGAUCAGAAGGUAUUCUUGAAUGCUUCAAACUCUGUUGGUAUGAAGGAAGGGCCAUCAUCUCCUGUCAGUCAUGCAGAGAAUGGUGUCAGGUAUAGUAGAUCAGUGGAGCACAUUUCUGAUGCAGAGGCAAGUACUGCUCAUUCUGCAAAUUCAGAUGCCUUACACUCACCGACGGAUGGCUGCUCGAGUGGGCUCACGGAGGGUGCAAGUAAAACCAUCCAUUCAAAUCAUGCACUUCCUUCUGAAAAAAUGCUGGUAACAUCAGUCUCGGGAUCACUGAGAGGAUUCAUCGAUAAAUUCCGCCGUCAGAAUAUUUAUCUACCUGUCACUUCUCAAGAGACAGCUGAUAACCAGAAAGAAGGAACACCUGAGCUCAAUCAAGAUGUACCAAGUGAAGGUCUUCAUGCCGUGGUAAUGACAGAUGGACCAGUUGAUUCCGGUGAGUACACGGACAGUUUAAAAGAUUUCCAGAAACAAAAAGAUCAGCAAAUGAUACUGGCUGGUCAUCCAACCAUUGGAAAACAUGAGCAAUUGUCAGUUGCAUUUGAAAAUGGGGAGCAACACAGCACCCCUUACAGUGAAGAGAAAACUUACAUUGACGAGGCUGACGACGUGUUGGAUUCUCAGAGCAUACUGAUUUUGAUGUCUAGCCAAUGCAUCGCUAAACAGGUCAUUUGUGAGCAGAGUCAUCUGUCCCGGAUAAAUUAUUAUGGAAAUUUUGACGUCUCCUUAGGACGAUAUUUGCAAGACAUUUUGCAGAAUCAGAACCUAAGCUGUUUCUCAUGCGGAGAGCCUCCGGAGUCUCACAUGUACUCUUACACCCACCGCGAUGGUAACCUGACAGUUCUUGUGAAGCGUUUGCUGCCUGAGCAUCGCUUGUCUGGUGAAUCCAAAGGGAAAAUUUGGAUGUGGACUAGAUGUUUAAGAUGUGAGCAGGAAAGCGGGAUAUCCAAAUCAUCUCGAAGAGUGAUGAUGUCCGCUGAGGCACGGAAUCUCUCGUUCGGGAAGUUCCUUGAACUCAGUUUUUCAAGCCACUCUGCUGACAGAAGGCUAUCAGUCUGUGGACACUCGGUGAACAGGGACUGCUUGCGCUUUUUUGGGCUGGGCUCCAAAGUUGCAAUGUUUCAGUAUUCAUCGGUCGAAAUAUACAACGCCUGCAAGCCACAGCAAACCCUCGAGUUCCAUAAUCCCAGUACACAUGAGUUGUUCGAGCAACAGGGGAGAAAUGUUCUUGCCAGAGGAGUUACCCUUUUCACUGAAGUUGAAAACAUAAUACAGCACAUGAAGAAUCAGUUUCCUGAGGUGGUGAUCAACUGCGGCGCCUUCCUUCCUGUUAAAGAGUUUUCUGAACUCGAUGAGAUGUUGGUCAAAGAGAAGGCCGAGUUUGUGGAUUUUCUCAUGAAGGCUGCUGAUCGGCAUGGGGUGUCUAGGUCCUCGGUACAUGAGAUUCUUGAUGUAAAUUGGCUCUAUCAGGACCUCCUGCUUGGACAGUAUGUCUGGGACCGUCGGUUGCAUGGACUUCUACUUGGUAAAUCUGCUGGAAAAGAAAGAAUGAGUAACAGCAUGAAGAAGGUGACUAUUGAACUUACUUAUGACCGAACAGCAACUGGAGCCGAGGCCGAUGGUAUCGCCGAGGGCACCAGCAGCCAACUAUCAUUGGAGAAUGGAUCUAUUGAGCCAGUGCAGUUUGGUGAACUGGGGGUGAACAGACAUUCAUCAGCAGUGACUGAUGAAACCCAUCAGGAUAGGCACUAUGAAAAGCAAGCUAGCGCACCGUCCAGAACAUCAGAUAUAUUGGAUGCUCAGGGGCAGAGAAAUGGUCCGAUUUUACAACGUUCGAUUUCCUUUAAGCAAGGUAUUCAACAAUUCAGAGUUUCUGAAUGGGAGGACAGGGAGAAAUGGGUCUGGAGUCCACUUAGUGAGUUAAGAUUGGCUUACAGGCAGGAGCUUCAGGCCGGAUGUUUGGAAAAAUUUGAGCUUGUUAACCGCUAUUCGCCAUCUCAUCUGCCACCCUUGUACAAACAAUCUGCUGAAGAGGCGCCCUCUCCACGGUUCGUCGUUGGUCCGGGUGGCAAUGUCUUGUCUGUAUCAGAGGAUGAGAUAUCCAGCAUAGUCUCCUGUGCUCUCGCCAUAUCCGAGGACCGUCGCCACCUGCUGGAUUCUAUUGUCGAGAGUCAUGCAUCGGACACUACUAGCAUGUUAUCCGAAUCUUCCUCUUCCGCCUCUUCAUCAUCCUGGUCAUCCGAAUCUUCAGAUUCUGAAGCAGGCUUUUUGUCCGACGAACUGUACAACUACGACAGCUCGCUCCUAUCAUCCUCUCUCCAUCCGGAGAUAUCUGUCAAUGGGAAAGCAAAUCUCAAAGGAAAAUAUUCAGUUAUAUGUGUGCACGCUAAUCAGUUUUACACUCUUAGACAGAAAUGCUGUCCAUCUGAGCUUGCAUAUGUCGCUUCCCUAAGCCGAUGCAAGAAAUGGAACGCGCAAGGCGGAAAGAGCAAGGCUUUCUUUGCGAAAACAAUGGAUGGCAGGUUCAUCGUCAAGCAAAUACAAAAGACAGAGUUCGAGUCUUUCAUAGAAUUUGCCCCGGAUUACUUCAAGCAUGUUUGCCACUCUCUCGACACCGGGAGCCAAACCUGCCUUGCCAAAAUUCUAGGCAUCUAUCAGGUUAAGCAGAUAAGGCACGGCAAGGAAGUGAAGAUUGAUCUGAUGGUGAUGGAAAAUCUCCUCUUUGGACACAAUGUGUCACGGAUAUACGAUCUUAAAGGUGCGGUUUUCUCUCGAUACAUAGCCGACUCGAGUGACCCUCACACUGUCUACUUGGAUCAAAACUUUGUCGAGGAUAUGCGUGUCUCUCCAAUCUAUAUUGGUGGGAGAACAAAACAUCUCUUGCAGCGGGCAAUCUGGAACGAUACAUCUUUCCUCACGUCAGUUAAUGUCAUGGACUACUCUCUACUUGUGGGAGUCGAUGAACAAAACCAUGAAUUUGUACUUGGCAUCAUCGAUUACCUGAGGCAGUACACAUGGGACAAGCAACUGGAGACAUGGGCGAAAACUUCUCUCGUGGUGCCGAAGAAUGAGUCGCCGACAGUGAUUUCACCCAGGGAGUACAAGAAAAGGUUCAGGAAGUUCAUGGCCAAGUAUUUCCUAACGGUCCCAGAUGAUUGGACCACCGCGAAGAAGAGUUCAGGGACCUGUAAAUAUUGUGCUCGCGGCAACUGUAACUUGUCAAAGAUCGACAGCCAGAAGCCUCAACUUCGAGCUGAGUCGUGCUCUAUCCAGUGAAGAACUGCUCUCGCCGUUAUGGAGUUCAUCUUCCAGCUUAUUUUUUAGCCAUUUUGCAACCAGUGUACAUAGGAUAAGUGCAUGGAUUCACCUUUAAAGUUAUCCUAAGUUUGCAUAUUUUAGGCAAACUUUUGGGGGAAGUGAGGUCCAAAAUACAUGUACCCACUAAGUUUUAUUGUUGUAAAAGUUCACAAUGAGUAAAGUGAAAUCACAUGAUUUGUAGAUCA